AUGUCUUGGCAAUCUCCGUCUGCCAUGGCUGGGAUCGGAGGAAUGUCCGGCGCCAUGGAUGGGUCAAACGGUCCGCAGGGCACGGAAUACACGCUGCAAGGCGUGAUGCGCUUCCUACAGACCGAAUGGCACCGCCAUGAGCGCGACCGCAACGCAUGGGAGAUCGAACGUGCCGAGAUGAAGUCCCGCAUUGGCCGAUUGGAGGGCGACCUUCGUACAAGCAAGCGUCUACACGAGUCUCUCGGAAAGCAUGUGAGGCUAAUGGAGACUGCACUCAAACGGGAAAGGGAGAAGGUCAAGAAGCUCUCCAACAAUGAAGUUAUUGAGGAUAUCAAUGACCCUAAGGAGGUCGCGCGUGACAGUAUCAACUUCCUGAAAGCGCAACGUUCCAAACCGAGCACGGACUCCGAAAAUGAACAGGACCCCGACAACGAAACCCACCGGGAUGGUCAUCUUGACGACGGCCGAGAGAAGGUUCGCGGAUUCCUGACCAAGGCCUCUCACGAGAUUUCCUAUCAUGUCAUACCUGCCUCUCACCCUCCACCCGAACUCAACGACUCCGAAAUCUCAGGCCAUCUCUAUGGCAAUUCACAGCUGUCUCAACAAAACUUGGAGGAGGCUUACCUCCAGCAGCAACGUCAGAAGGCAAACCAGGCUAUGGCGCGCGAAAUGGCGUUGCAGAACCACCAGCCUGUUGCAAACCACUACUCGGCCGCCAAUGAUAUGGCUCGAGCCCACAAUCAGUAUCCUCCUCGGGAUGCGAUGGACCGACGCUCGCUUGAGUCACAGAAAGCGCCCGUCACGGUAAUGGAUAAUAGGAAUCAACAAUACGACCAGGGCUUAGUCGAUGAUCGACAAAACCAGACAUACCAGGGGAAUCAGGCAGUUAAAGAAGAUCUCAACCCGCAGAACCCAACUGUGGAGAAAACGGAGGAUGUGGAUGGGUGGAAUUUUGACGAGCCAGCAGAGCAGGAACAAAUUUCGGACCCCAUUCCGCCUCAUCGCCCGGAUACUGAUGCGUUCCCGAAUGCCAAUUUUGUACGCUCCGAGUCGUCGGCUAAGGGUGGAUCUCUUCCACAUCGAAGGAAGAGCUCCGGAUCAAGACGCAAGAGCGAUGGUGCAAUUGAUUCCCGGGAAGGAGCCUCGGCUUUGACUCAACAGCAAGAUACCAAUUUCAAAGUCAGGUUUGCCCUGCGUGGUCAUUUGGACGUGAUUCGGUCUGUUAUCUUCACUGGUGGCGGAAGCCCGUCAGAGCCCGAGAUUUGUACUUGCAGUGACGAUGGGACUAUCAAGCGAUGGAUCAUCCCAGCUACUUAUGGUGGUUUUGGACCCCACGGGCCCGGUUCUAGCAACGAUUUGGACAUCACGAGCUACUUUACUCACCGCGGACAUGAAGGUGCCGUGACCUCUUUGGCUGCCUGUUCGCCCUCUCAGAACAUUUCCAAUGGCGGACGUGUGUUGGGUGAUGGGUGGGUGUUCUCAGGUGGCCAAGAUUCUAGCGUCCGCGUAUGGGAACGUGGGCGUGUUGAUCCGAAGGCUACUUUGGACGGACAUACAGAUGCAGUUUGGGGACUUUGUGUGCUUCCAGGUACUGUGGGUUCUGUUUUCGGCGACAAUAGCAGCCACUACGGUGGAUCGGAUCGUAUUCUUCUGGCCUCUGGAGCAGCAGACGGCCGUAUCUUAAUCUGGGCUGUCAGCGCCCCUCCUCAAGUCGCCUCACCCCCCGGUGGAUCGCGUCGUCAAGGCGGAAGCCGGCGAGCGAACUCAAUAUCCUCUGGGUCCAACUUCCCAUCUUCUCCACAGCCUAGUGUGGCCACAACUACGCCCUUCAACUACACCCUUAUCCACCACAUCGUUCGCACCGAUUCUCCUUCACCAACAUGCAUUAGCCCGUUAUCUCUUGCAGGCGUCAAUUUCGUCGUUUCCUACUCUGAUGCAUCUAUCUUUGUCUAUGACACCCGAACUGGUGAGGAAAUCGCUGGCAUGGCCAGUCUUGAGACCUAUGAUGGCACGCCAUCCACUGGAGUGAACUCUGUUGUUGCCACCACGCUUGGGUUUGAUGGGACAGCCAAUCUGGAUCCCAACCGCGCAACCACCGAAGAGGAGGUUGUUCAUGGAGCCACUGGGUCGAGUAACGUGGAGGGCGUCAUCAUCAGUGGCUAUGAGGACCGAUACAUUCGCUUCUUCGAUGCCAAUAGUGGACAAUGUACGUACACCAUGCUCGCACACCCCGCUGCCAUAGCCUCAUUGUCAUUAUCCCCCGACGGACGUGAGCUUGUAUCAGCCGGCCACGAUGCAAGCUUGCGAUUCUGGAACCUCGAGAAACGCAGCUGUACCCAAGAGUUGACCAGUCACCGAUUGAUGCGCGGCGAAGGUGUGUGUGCUGUGGUAUGGAGCCGUGAUGGCCGCUGGGUUGUUGGCGGCGGCGGGGACGGUGUUGUUAAGGUCUUCUCCCGAUGA